AUGGAGGCCAUCGCAAAAGUAGUCGAGGAACGAGGACCAGUCCUUGCGUCCGUCGCCGUGAUACUCGUCACCGCAUUCAUCGCAUCUCUACUGGUCGGAGGUAGCGACAAUUCGAAUAUACCGCUAGUAGGCACGGAGGUCGGAAACGCGGAGAAGCGAAGGAAGGCAUUCAUCACCAACGGCUAUGAUUUCUACAAGAAGGGAUACGAUCUAUUUAGAUCAAAGGCGUUUAGGUUAACUGGACUCGAUGGCGAUCGUAUCGUCUUGCCGCGGAGUCUCAUGGAGGAAGUGAGGCAGCUUCCGGAUGAUGUUAUUAACAUCAACAAGGCCUUCGAUAUUAUGAACGAACAGAAACAUCUUGGCAUGGGAGACCUUCGGCAGACUGAAUUUCUCAUUCACGUUAUCCGCGGCGACUUAACUCGUAGUUUGGUGCGCAUCAACCCACGUCUCUCGGAUGAGACCGCUCGUACAAUCCGCGAGAACCUGCCGGAGUCUAGCGACGAGUGGACAUCCGUGGUGGCGUAUCAGACGAUGUUGACCAUUGUAGCUACCAUCUCGGGCGCUAUCUUCAUCGGACCGGAGCUAUGUCGAUCAGAGGACUACCUGAAAGCUAGCAUUGGUUACACCCUGGACUUUAUCAAUGCCGUGACCAAGCUGAAGCAGUGGAGCCGACGGUGGCGUUGGUUCGGCCGAUACUUUACCCCCGAGGUUGAUAAGUUGUUCGCCGAGCGCAAGAAGGCGCACAUCUUCCUCCGGCCCGUCAUCGAGCAACGGCGUGCGGCCAUGGCGGCCGGCCACGAUCUACCCGACGACACCUUGCAAUGGAUGUUGAACAAGGUCGACGAAUUCGGUCUAUCUGAUGACAACCUCGCCGAGACACAGCUGAACUUGAGCAUGGCUGCUAUUCACACUACGACGCUAACCGUUACUAUGAUCCUCUACGAUCUUGUCAUCAGACCCGACGUAAUCGAAGAAGUACGGGAGGAAAUCGAGACGGUCCUCGCAGCCAACGGCGGCGUCAUGACAAGUCACGCGCUCUUCGAGAUGAAGCUCUUAGACAGUGUCAUGAAGGAGUCGCAGCGCGUAAACCCUGGAAGCAUGAUCCGAUUCCAACGCUACGUCGCCAAGCCCGUGACCCUCAGCGACGGCACCCACCUCCCAGCCGGUUACAUGAUCGAGACACCCCACGCGCUAACUGUGCAAGACCCCGAAGUAUACCGGAACCCCGAGGUAUUCGACCCCCACCGAUUCCUCAACCUACGCAACGGCACAUCAGAGGACCUGCUAGGAUACAAGAACAAGGAGCAGCACCAAUUCGUAACUGUGACCAAGGACUUCAUGCAUUUCGGAUACGGACGACACUCCUGCCCAGGCCGAUUCUUCGCCGCCAACGAGAUCAAGCUGAUCCUCGCGCGCGUGCUCCUCGACUACGACAUCAAGAUGCCGCCGGGUCUAACCGAGCGCUACGCCAACCUGAAGAUGGGAACCGACGCGUUCCCCGACCCGACGAAGGAGAUAUUAUUCAAGAGGGUUGCGUCGACAUCGUAA